AUGCCUUCGCCGUUCUUCCGCUCUCCGCUCGACGAUACCGAUACCUCGUACCAGAGCGACACCUCUGCUGCCUGCGAAAACGGCCAGGAAGAGGCCCAAGAGAGCCCCGACGAACCCGACAAUGUCUACCAUCUUGCGCGCACCAAGUCCACCACCUCUACAUCCAUCGAAGAGCUUUCCCGCUCCCUGCCUCAGAACCAUGUUGGUGGACAGAUUUUUGAUCACAGGGAAGGCGUGCUCCACGCUCUGCUGGAGAGGAAUUGCCUGCUUGAGGCUGUCGAGGAGCUGAACAGAACACGCGACCCGAAACAUGACCGCCUCUACACCAAGGAUGAUCCUGAAGUCAAAGCCCGCGCAAAGGCCAAUUUUUUCAAGGUUGCCUCGAGCCUUGCAGCCCACGGAAUUAGCCAGUCCGGCCUUCAUCGGGACGAAUUCAAGCCAAUUCGCGACAAUUACAACCAAGCCCUUGAUGUCGCCAAGGAACCGGGAGAUGGCGCCCUUCAGCGCGUUCGCAGGCAAUCCCCAGAUGGCGCCUUUUAUCGCUCGUCAAGUAUUCUGGAAUUGACUGACCAUGCUCAUGACGAGACGUCUUCACCCCAGCGCUCACCUGUUAGGCUUGGUCAAACGUCUCCAGGUCAUCCCCCGGACAUCCUGCAUGGCCUUGUUGGCAACCCACAUCCACUUUUGCCGCCCAGCUUUUCCAUGGCAAGCUUUUACAACCUCCAAAUCAUCGGUAAAGGUGGAUACGGCACUGUGUUUUCUGGCUAUCACCCACUCGAUGGAGGCUUCUAUGCUAUCAAGCAAAUCCCGCUCAGCGCCUCUCGUAUGCGCAACAUUCGCAGCAAAGGCCAGGCCGAACUCGAUGCUAUCCUGAAAGAGGUACGAUCGAUGCAGGGAUUCGACCACCCCAACAUAGUCCGCUAUCAUAGUGCUUGGCUCGAGCGACCCUCGGGCAAUCUCCACAACUUCAAGGCCAGUCAGAAGCUUCUAGAGUUCGGUUCUACCAACUUCUCGACCGACAUGGAAUCAAGCGAUGUCUCUGCCUCAAUGUCAAGCCUCGAGCAGACUUUUGAGUCGAGGCAGGAUCUAUCAGGCCCAGACGAUGGCAUUGUCUUUGGAGAGGAUUCGGCGCCAGGUCCAACAGCUUAUUCGGGAUACCACACGAAAGCACCCCGCCACAGACGCCAAAGCCAUCUGGCUUCGUCGUCACCAGCCAAGUCUGAGCGAUUGGAUUCCGAGCUUGGAGAUCCAAUAGACUUCCUUUCCCCUCCCAAGCAGCCGCGGGGCCGCAGGGAAAGCCACAAUACCCUAUCUUCGUCCGUCUCGAAGAAGAGCUUCGUGCACAGCACCGAUGAUGAGUUUGAUGAAGAAGUUGAAAGAGACUUUGCCAAUCUCGCACUCUCGGGUCCGCGUGAGAAGUCGUUUGAGAUGGACAUGGUUUUUGAGAGCGACUACCAUGGGCAUCGGCAGCGUCGCUCGGACCCAAAGACGCCCAAAUGCUCUGACAUAGCACAGGUCAAUCUGGCACUCCACAUCCAGAUGGCACUGUAUCCGAUGACGCUGGCUGACUACCUCAAAGUUGAGACGGACUAUCUCACAGUGGGGUCGGAUGAUGAGGCCCAAAAGAAGACUGACGGCGUGAAAUAUCGCCACUGCUUCCAUGUGAAACCGUCGCUCCAAAUUCUUCUGGCGAUUUUGGACGGUGUCCAGUAUCUGCAUGCUCGUAACAUGGUUCAUCGUGACCUUAAGCCGGCCAACAUAUUCUUGUCUCCAUGUGAGCAGGCCUACCGCCACAAGGGAGACGUCUAUCUCGGCGUGUGUAAGGAGUGCGCAAAGUCAGGCCCUUGCAGAGAUCUCCAGAUGGGUGUCCGCAUUGGCGACUUUGGGCUCGUCACUGAGCUUGCGCGUCCUGGGGGCGACCAGCCACACAGCCCGGAAAAGGCGGUUGGGACCGAGUUCUACCGCCCGCCGGGUCCAAGCCGUGGGCCCAGUGAGAAGCUGGAUGUCUUCUCACUCGGGGUUAUUGCGUUUGAGCUGCUAUGGAAGUUCGACACCAAGUCGGAACGAAUCCACACGCUCAGCGAGCUCAAGCUUGGCAGGCUUCCGCCACUAUUCGCUCCAAAGCUGGAGGGCUGUGGCAUACGCAUCGCCGAGCUUCUCCAGGGCAUGCUGCGGGGUGAUGACGACAACCGCCUCUCGUGCGCCGAGGUCCAGAAAGAACUAGAGGAUAUCAUUGCGAGUUGCGAUACGUGA